UUCCCAGAUGGGGUGGCUGGGAAGAGGCACUCCUCACCUACCAGAUGAAGGGCAGCCAGGCAGAGGCACUCCUCACAUCCCAGACGAUGGGUGGCCGGGCAGAGGUGCUCCUCACUUCCCAGACAGGGUGGCGGGGCAGAGGCACUCCUCACUUCCCAGAUGGGGCAGCUGUGCAGAGGCGCUCCACACUUCCCAGACGGGGCAGCUGGGCAGAGGCGUUCCUCACUUCCCGGACGGGGCGGCUGGGCAGAGGCACUCCUCACCUCCCAGGCAUUGCGGCCAGGCAGAGAUGGUGUGUCAUCCGUGAAGAGGCGCUUCUCACCUCCCAGAUGAUUGGCAGCCAGAGAAAGAUGGUGUGUCGUCCGUGCAGAGGCGCUCCUCACCUCCCAGAUGAUGGGCAGCCGGGCAGAGGCGCUCCUCACCUCCCAGAUGAUGGGCAGCCAGGCAGAGGCGCUCCUCACUUCCCAGAUGGGGCGGCCGGGCAGAGGCGCUCUUCAAUUCCCAGAUGGCGCGGCCAGGCAGAGGCGCUCCUCAGUUCCCAGAUUGUGUGUCGUCUGUUCAGAGGCACUCCUCACCUCCCAGAUGAUGGGCAGCUGGAGGGAGGCACUCCUCACCUCCCAGAUGGGGCGACUGGGAAGAGGCGCUCCCCACUUCCCAGACAGGGUGGGAGCCAGGCAGAGGUGCUCCUCACAACCCAGACAGGGUGGCCGGGCAGAGGCGCUCCUCACCUCCCAGACAAUGGGUGGCCGGGCAGAGGCACUCCUCACUUCCCAGAUGGGGCGGCUGGGCAGAGGCGUUCCUCACUUCCCAGAUGGUGUGUCAUCCAUGCAGAGGCGCUCCUCACCUCCCAGAUGAUGGGCAGCUGGAGAAAGGUGCUCCUCACUUCCCAGACGGGGCAGCUGGGCAGAGGCGCUCCCCACUUCCCAGAUGGGGUGGCAGUCGGGCAGAGGCGCUCCUCACAACCCAGACGGGGCAGCCAGGCAGUGGCGCUCCUCACUUCCCAGACGGGGCUGCCGGGCAGAGGCGCUCCUCACUUCCCAGAGGGGGUGGCCGGGCAGAGGCGCUCCUCAACUGCCAGACUGGGCGGCUGGCAAGAGGAACUCCUCACCUCCAAGACGACGGGCGGCCAGGCAGAGGCACUCCUCACCUCCCAGACGGGGUGGCCAGGCAGAGGCGCUCCUCACCUCUCAGACGGGGUGGCCGGGCAGAGGCGCUCCUCACCUCCCAGAUGGGGCGGCUGGGCAGAGGUGCUCCUCACCUCCCAGAUGGGGCGGCCCGGCAGAGGCGCUCUGCACUUCCCAGAUGGGGUGGUGGCCGGACAGGGGCACUCCUCACAUCCUGGAUGGGGCGGCCGGGCAGAGGCACUCCCCACUUCCCAGACGGGGCGGCCGGGCAGAGUGGCCAGGCAGAGGCACUCCUCACUUCCCAGAUGGGGCGGCUGUGCAGAGGUGCUCCACACUUCCCAGACGGGGCAGCUGGGCAGAGGCGCUCCUCACUUCCCGGAUGGGGCGGCUGGGCAGAGGCACUCCUCACCUCCCAGGCAUUGCGGCCAGGCAGAGGUGCUCCCCACUUCCCAGACGGGGCGGCUGGGCAGAGGCGCUCCUCACCUCCCAGAUGGGGUGGCCGGGCAGAGGUGCUCCUCACCUCCCAGAUGGGGUGGCCGGGCAGAGGCGCUCCUCACCUCCCAGACGGGGAGACCAGGAAGAGGUGCUCCUCACUUCCCAGAUGGGGCGGCCAGGCAGAGGUGCUCCUCACUUCCCAGAUGGUGUGUCAUCCGUGAAGAGGCGCUUCUCACCUCCCAGAUGAUUGGCAGCCAGAGAAAGGUUUUUCUGGCAUUGUCUGCCCAGCUGCUCCAAGCCAGGCUGAUGAAGGAGGUGUCCCCUGUGGUGAGCUGGAGGUUGGAGCCUGAAGAUGGCACAGCUCUGUGAUUCAUCUCCUAUGGUUGUGGCAGCCAUGGUGAUGGAGAUGGCAGCUCAACAGGAGCGUCUUUUUAGGUCUUAUUCUCAGACGGUCUUGGGUAAAUGGUGGCUGAUUGCCUUCAGCAUCUAGAACAAAACACUCUAUGGCCCAGAGGAAUUUCAACUGGAAUCUAUGAUCUUAUUCUCUUGAGGAAUGGACCACGCAGUAUCCUUCAAGGAAGUAUCAAGAAUGUUUCCACAGAGAAUAUACAUAUUUCAUCUCUUUCUCUGCUGAAUGGAUCCCCACUGAAAGCCAUGAAUUACUGUCAUUAGACCCUGUAGAAUCCCAGUUUAUGGCAGUGACAUUAAAAACAUCUAGUUUAUGACUUGGAUUAGGCAGCCUGUAAAAUGGCUUCCAGUGAUCCCUGCUUUCUGGUAUGUAUGCCUUUGUAUAAUACCCUCCUCAUGAGUGUAGGCAGAGGUAACAUCACUUUUGAAACUAGGUUAUAUAUAUUAAAACAAACAAACAAACCUGUGGCUUCCAUUUUGGGUACUUUAUCUCACACUCUGAUUUCUUGCUCCGUGGGAAACAGACUGUAAUAUUGUAAGCAGUGCUAUGGAGAUGUCCAUGUGGUAAGGAAGUGAUAGGUCCUGAUGACAGCCAGUGAGGAUCUAAGGUGGAUCCCUUUCUGAGUUGAAUAUUGAGAUAGAUGUCUACAGCCCUGGGCUACACCUUGGUUGCACCUCAUGAGGAAUUCUGACCAAAAACACUGUGCUGAACCAUGUCCAGGCUCCUGAGCCACAUAAACUAUGAGAAAACAAAUAUUUGUUUCAAGCCAUUAAGUUUUAAUUUGUUACACAGCAAUAGAUAACUACCACAUGGAAGGAUUCAAUAAGAGAAGGGUUUUUCAUAAGUGAAAUGUUAUUUUCAUCUCACAUUUCAAUUAUUAGAAUAUAAAUGAAAGAAAAUAAAUUUGGAUAGGCUCUCAUAAAUUCAAUGAUAAGAAUUUGGAAAAUGCAACCACACGAAAACCAGGAAGUAAAAGGAAAACAUAAGAGACAUCUUCCCAGACGAGAGUAAAUAUCUGGUUCCCUGAGAAGUGUAGUUUGAGAAUGGAGAAAUCAGAUGUUACUGGAAAGAGUCUAGGACUGUAUUAUUUCUUGCUUCCUGUCAAGUCUUUUCAACUCAAGAGAAAGUAAAUUUUCUUGACAAACCAUUCAAAAUUAAAGGAUAGGUGGGAGUAUAUGUGUCCCUGAAGGAACAAGUGACCUUCACUGAAAGCAGCAGCUUGGUUGAAUAAAUACUUUACAGAAGUGGAAUAAAGAGUAGCUGACAACAAUGCUGAAAUAGUUACACAUGAAGUUUUAAUGAGCUAUUUCAUAUUAAGAUACAUAUUGAGAAUUCAAACCAGAGAGACCAGUUAAUAGAUAUUUUCCCAACUCUGCUUUAAGGUGAUCAUAGAAAUGAUACCCACAAGUUAGUCACAGUGGCCUGCAUCCAUUUCAAUGUAUCAGUGAUGUAUUCUGAUUGGCCAGUAAUCACCUAUACCGACUGUUAAAUAUUUUAGUUAUCACUCCUAUGCAUGGUGAAUUUGAGUUCUGGUUUUCUUUAGCCUUGUGUUAUUUAUGUGUAAAGUUGGAUUAUGGGAGGCAAAGACUCUCUCAUGUAUCAUUCAUGCUCAAGUAAAUGGCAGUGGGGUAGGGAUGUAAAUGAAACUGCAUGAUAAGCCCUGCAAGUCAUUCUGAGGUAUCAAUUUUGCUUACUCGUGUUUAAUUGCAGUCAUUGUCAUAUUAACGCAACCACUAAUACAUUAUGGAGUAAGAUGCAAAAAUCACAUGAGUCUUAAGAGAAAAGAAAUGUGCUGUCUGUGGUGGGCCCCCUUUGCAUUAUUCUCUAACUUCAUAUUUUAUACCUCUACUAUUAGAGAAAUUUCAGUAGAAAAUCGUGAGGGGCACCGUUUUAGAGUUUUUGUUGUUAUAGGAAUGCUUUUACUACAACUAGGUCCCCUCGUACAUCUUUAUGUUCUUUGGCAGUCUAGAGAACCAGAAGAGCAAACUCUAUGAGAUAGAAACCCUAAGAAUUUACCUCCAGCAUCCCUUCUCUUCUGUCAUUAAAUUGAAUUUGUAGCCAACUCAAAGGCUGACAAUUUAUACUAUGGUUUUUAUAUUUUAUAUUAUAAUUUAUAUUAUGGUUUAUGUCAAAAUGUUUUGUUCACUGCUUUGAAAGUAUCUUCUGUUUACUUUUGUUAUCAUUUCAUAUUUUAAUUUUUUCCUUUCUAAUUGUUAGAAACUCAUGUAUUUAAUUUUAUCUUUCAAAUAACAUUUUUAAAAGGCUUACUCUGUUUAUAUGUAUAUUUUGCACAAAGCUUUCCAUUCAUAAACAAAAGGUGAAUAGGAAUCUGAAUUG